AUGUACAUUUAUUUGAUUCUUAUUGCUUAUCUGUGUUAUGACAACUCGUAUGUGGAAUGUACGUUUGUUGAAUAUGAUUUUAUCAUUCGUAGUAUCCCCGCGAAUCCAGAUGGAUAUCCGAGACCCGUCAUCAUCAUGCACCAUGGAAACUCUUCGUGGGAUAUUGACCGACCAUUUCCUUGUCCUCUCAUAAGAGCUAAACUCGGUGAUCAACUUCGCAUCAAAGUAACUAAUAUGCUACGCGAUCAACCAACAGCUAUUCAUUUUCAUGGUCUUCAUAUGGUUAAUAAUCCAUGGGCAGAUGGAACCGUCCAUAUCACUCAAUGUCCUAUCGAACCGUAUGAAACAUUCAUCUAUGAAUUCAAUAUUACGCAAACUGGAACUUAUUGGUAUCAUUCACAUAAUGCUCAGCAGUAUGCGGAUGGCUUGCUCGGUCCUAUUAUACUCGAUCAUGACACUAUUGAACAACGAUAUGACUAUGGUUCGAAUGAUUACAUAGUUAUGCUGCAAGAAUGGUACCAUGAGACAUGGCCUGAUCUGAUGACAGCAUAUCAGGGACCGUAUGAUGCUUAUCGUGGCAAUAUACCGAUCUAUCCGUGGCCGCCAACAUCGUUUCUGAUCAAUGGCCAUGGCCGAUUUGAUUGCCGGGUAUCAGAUUGUACGGAAAAUGCCACAUGGCGGGAUACGUGUGGUCAUCGACAUCGAGCGCAGUGCAUUCCACUUCGAGAGCCAUUCCUCGGCCGUUGUAAUCCUGAUGCGCAUCCAGUUGACGAAUUUCUUUGCCAACCGGGUAAAUUCACUCGUUUUCGAGUAAUUAAUGCCGCCAGUGGCAUUCCGUUUCGUUUUUGGAUUGAUCAACAUAAUUUAACGAUCGUUGCCCGGGAUGGUAUCGAAGUUUCACCUGUCAUUCUUCCUCAUAUUCACGUUGCUAUCGGGCAGCGACUUGACGUAAUUGUGAACUGUAGCGAAAAUCCAACUGUCAAAUAUGUCAUAUUCGCUGCAAGUCGAAAUAGUUAUUUGUCACCGGAGGUCAUUACGGGACCGACACCAACCAUGUGGACAUGGGCGUAUCUGACAUAUUCAAAGGUGUCAGCUGAUCGUCGUGCGAUUCAGUCAGUAGAAGAACCAAAGUUUGACGCUGAUGAUCCAUUUUUUGAAUACAAGUAUUUGAAACCGUCGAACGAACGUUUCGCUUCGCCUGCUAUCCGUCGAAUUAUUCUUGGUUUUGAAGUUCAUUGGAAUAAUCGUUCGAAUAUCGAUGCUCUAGAAGAAUGGGCCGUCAACGAUAUUACUUUCGAACCACCGAAGGAACCACUGCUGCAUGCAAAUUUCAUCGACGGUACAUUUAAACACUGUAUCGCCGAUGAACGCUCAGGCCGUGUAAAUAAUAGUCACGCAACUCAUAUCCAACAUUUCGAAUAUGGUCAAACUUAUGAGAUCGUAAUGAUCAACUAUGAUCCUCAAUUACAUCCAUGGCAUUUACAUGGUUAUUCGGUUGAUUUCGUUGCUGCUGGAAAAAUACCGAGUUUACCACCAAUGACAUGUAAUCGAACACGACGAGAGGCUCAUACAUUUGACUAUGAUACAAUUUUGCCACCGUUGAAUUCAACUCCACCAGUUCUCAGUUCAGGAGAUUCAUUUACUGUUCCUCGUGACAGCUACGUUGUCUUUCGAUUCACGGCAAAUAAUCCAGGACCUUGGUUUUUGCAUUGUCAUAUGGAAUGGCAUAUUUGGCCCGGUAUGGCUCUCGUCUUUUCUGUCGAACGAAACGGACGUUACAAAGGACUGAUUUAUUCGCCACCAGCCGAAAGUUUCACCGUCUGUGGAACAAGAAAGCGAACAUCUGCCAAGCUAAUAUCAAAUUCAUCACAAACGAAAGUCACGCCUAUAAUCUUGACAUUCAUAUGCAUUGUAACAGGCAUUCUAAGGAUAUAA